GUUCAAAUAAACGCCCAGUUUGAUAUCUGUUAAAUAAUGUGGAGUACUUGUCCGAAGGUAGUCAGAGAUACACAAUGUCUUCUAACUUGCAACUCAAACAGCAAUUAAUAAACUCGUUUGUUUUAAGUCUUAUUCUGGGCAUUAUCGCUGUAAAAGCAUCAUCUUUGGACAUUGAACGAGUAAAUAGCACAGUUGCAUGUGGACCCACCAGACCUUUAGUUGUUAAUGAGUCUCGCGGCUUGGUUACCUCCCCAAGCUUUAAUAACUUUCAUUUCUAUGAGCCGAAUUUGAACUGCACGUGGAGGCUUGUUGCUCCAAAAGAACAAAUAAUCAAGCUUCGAAUCCUGGACUUUGACCUUGCAUAUUAUUGCGAAGAGGCAGCUCUAGACAUAUACGAAGGUGAAAAUGAAAGGGGAGAUUUGAUUGGUCAUUUUUGCGGAUACAAAGCUCCACGUCAAAUCCUAUCAAGAGGAAACAGUCUGUACCUGACUUUUUUCACCACCGACAAACCUCGUAAUACUGGCUUUAGGAUAUAUUUGGAACAUUCACCUUCUAUAGCUCACUGCAAGCACGGAGAAUUGCAGUGUCGGCAUCAGACCAAAUGUGUCACAAUAGACCUUGUAUGUAAUGGUGUUGAUGACUGUGGAGAUGGUACCGAUGAAGAGCGGUGUGAGGUUCCAGUGGAUCUCAACUUGUCUUGUGGUAAUCCACAGAUUCCUCCAGUACUGGGAAAUAAGAGAAUUGUGGGUGGAAGGGAUGCGAUCCCUGGAAGUUGGCCUUGGCAGGUGUCGCUACGAGUACGUGAAUUGGAGCCGUACAGUCACCAAUGUGGGGGUUCUUUGAUCAACAGACAAUGGAUGGUCACAGCAGCACAUUGUUUCAGAACGUAAGAAUUAAAAGUUAUAUAUGUUUGUUUAUUGU